GAGAGAGGGCUAUCCUCUUGUUGGAGGAGAGAGAAAACAUUGAGAUGGGUAGAAGAGAAGAACUAUCCAAGAAAAUGGCCUCCAGCCUUUGACCUUUCUCUCUUCCUCCAUGCUCCAUGAAAGGAUUUUCAGCUCACCCUAAAAUCCUUUCAUUCAACCUGUGCUUUCCCAAAUCUUUUUCUUCUCCCCUUCAAAUCCCAAGCCUUACAAUCCUAGUUUUCUAUUCGAAUCCCAGGUUCGUCUCUCGUCUCUCAGCAAUUCAAAUAGGGUUUUGAGAUCAUUAAUCUUUUCCGAGAUUGAAGGAAGCUGAAGAAAACCCAGGUUCUGUUUUCUUGAUUUCUUUGUAUUUUGGAUCUUAGACCGAUCUCCCCCUAGAUAUAAUUCGUUUUGGGAGUCGCAUUUUGCCAACCGAUCGAAAACGCCUGGGAAUUGAUUCUUUGAUUUGUGAAGAAUUUGGAGCUUGUUUUUUUUUUUUGUGUUUUCCUGGGUUUGACCCAUAGUUUGGCCAAAUCUUGGAACCCAUUUCAUUAAACAAUAGAAAGGAGUUGGGAAUUUGAUUAAUGGGAAAUUGUUGUGUGACACCAUCUACUGGAUCAGGGAAGAAAAAGGGCAAGGAUAAACCAAACCCGUUUUCUAUUGACUAUGGUGGGAAGGGCACAACUGGAAAUGGUGGAUACAAGUCCUAUGUGUUGGACAACCCUACAGGCCACGAAAUUGAGGACAAGUACGAGCUGGGUGGCGAGCUGGGUCGGGGUGAAUUUGGGGUCACAUACUUGUGUACAGAUAAAUCCUCAGGGGAAGUGUUUGCUUGUAAGUCCAUAUUGAAGAAGAAGCUAAGGACUCGGGUGGAUAUCGAGGAUGUGAGAAGGGAGGUUCAGAUCAUGAAGCAUUUGCCUCAGCAUCCCAAUAUUGUGAGCUUGAAGGAGACUUAUGAGGAUGACAACGCUGUUCACUUGGUGAUGGAGCUAUGUGAGGGUGGGGAAUUGUUCGACCGGAUUGUGGCAAGGGGGCAUUACACUGAAAGGGCGGCUGCAGCAGUGACUCGCACAAUUGUCGAGGUUAUUCAGACGUGUCACAAGCAUGGGGUCAUGCAUCGGGAUCUCAAACCUGAGAACUUUUUGUUUGCAAACAAGAAGGAAACAGCAGCCUUGAAGGCAAUUGAUUUUGGGCUGUCAGUGUUCUUCAAACCUGGUGAGAGAUUUGAUGAGAUUGUCGGGAGUCCUUACUACAUGGCUCCUGAGGUGCUGAGACGGAACUAUGGUCCAGAAGUUGAUGUUUGGAGUGCUGGAGUAAUCCUUUACAUCUUACUUUGUGGUGUACCACCAUUUUGGGCAGAGACUGAACAAGGUGUUGCCCAAGCAAUUAUUCGAUCCGUUGUAGAUUUCAAGAGAGACCCUUGGCCCAAAGUUUCUGACAAUGCAAAAGACCUUGUAAAGAAGAUGCUCAACCCUGAUUCUAAACAGCGGCUUACUGCACAGCAGGUGCUAGAUCAUCCUUGGUUACAGAAUGCCAAGAAGGCUCCUAAUGUUUCCUUGGGUGAAACCGUGAAAUCAAGACUGAAGCAAUUUUCUGUAAUGAACAAGCUUAAGAAAAGAGCUCUGCGGGUUAUUGCUGAGCAUUUAUCAGUGGAGGAAGCUGCUGGCCUUAAGCAGGGAUUCCAAUUGAUGGAUACAAGCAAUAGAGGGAAGAUCAACAUUGAUGAGCUGAGAGCUGGGUUGCAAAAGCUUGGCCAUCAGAUUCCUGAUUCAGAUAUCCAGAUUCUUAUGGAAGCUGGUGAUGUAGAUAAGGAUGGACACCUGAACUAUGGAGAGUUCGUAGCCAUUUCCGUUCACCUCAGGAAGAUGGGCAAUGAUGAGCACCUUCACAAAGCCUUUGAAUUAUUUGAUCAAAACCAAAGCGGGUACAUCGAGAUGGAAGAACUAAGGGAUGCCUUAGCUGACGAAGACGAGACAAAUAACGAGGAAGUCAUCAAUGCCAUCAUGCAGGAUGUCGACACAGACAAGGAUGGACGUAUAAGCUACGAGGAGUUUGCCUCCAUGAUGAAGGCUGGGACAGAUUGGAGAAAAGCGUCGAGGCAGUAUUCUCGAGAGCGGUACAAUAGUCUGAGCUUGAAGCUAAUGAAGGAUGGAUCCUUGCAGUGCAGUGAGGGUAGAUAGCUGAAGAAGACGAAGAAGAAGAAGAAGAAGAAGGCAUUGCUUGCAAAAAAUGGGAAGAAGAUAAGCUAUUUUGUGGGCUUAAGAAUUUUUUUUUUCUUUGUCUCUUUUGAUUAAAAAUUUGUUUUUGUUGUGUGUCGUCUCUUGUGAAUCUGUUGAGACCCCUUUUCCAGCAAAUUUAGAAGAAGUUGGGGCAAAUGGGUUGGCUCUACGGAGUUUGAGGGGCAAAAGUGUGAGUGAAUGUGUGAUUGUGGUGAGGCUGUGGAUUGAACUAUCCAUCUGUUCUGUGAAUGUAAAUUAUGUGCCCCCACCAAAACCCCCGCGGCGGGGUUGAGUAGUGCAAAGAUGCUGCAGCCUUUGUGGAUUGGCUCUGAGAAAUGGCUAUGAAGAAAACCUUCUUCAUGGA